GUGUGUGUGUGUGUGUGUUUAAACUUCUCUGAAUGAAGACGCGUUUUUUUUCAUCGUCAGAACAAACGAACCUCCGCUCACUGUUAUUAUUCUGUCUGGACCUUCACGCACGAGGAUUCAUUCAUUCAUUCAUUCAUUCAUUCGUUCGUUCGUUCGUUCGUUCGUUCAUUGUCUCUGGUCUUGUGUCUCCGCUUUUGGCGCAGGACGCGUCUCUGUGCGCGCGGACAAUAAUGGACUGCAGGAAGUGUCCUGAGCGUCCGGCUCGGUUUUCUGUCAGCGCGUCCGGAACCAAGUGAGCGAAAGCAGCGGCGCGUGGAUCCGAACCUCCACGCAACGCCCGCGCACUGAGGCAGCACGCGGGACUGAUUGUGGAUGAUGGACGUGGAUACAGAGGCAGAGACACCGUAGAGGAGGAUCUUCACUGAGGAAAAAGCACAAGCAACAUUUUUGACACGUCACCAGUCUGGAGAUUCCACAAUCUGCUAACACCAAGGACAGAUGGACGACGCUGAUCCCUCGCUCUGGAGGUGUGGAGAGAGAGAGGGGGAGGAGCGAGAGAACGAGAGCAUGAGACCAUGGAUGAGUCACUGAAAAGAACAAAGUGAUCGUCAACUCUGACCCCGACGAGGAGAAAAAUCCCUUUUCAAACACGUCGGAUACAACAAACGUCACCUGGGAAAUUCCAGGACAAAUUCAGAUACUGACUCUAAAUUGGAGCCGAUGGAUUCCGUGGGCGCCCGUGGUGGAUAUGGAGGAGUUGAUGUUCAGCUCUUUAUCUGGGACGCUUAGCACCUUUGGAACCAGACGUCAACAAACACCACGGGAUGUUUCGUCUCAUCGGGAACCUGAAGAACUUGUGUGUCCAAUUAACUGACGACUGGCAAGAAAUGGUACUUUAGUAGAAUUCAACUGCAGGUCAUUUGUUCCCUGUUUGUUGUCCUUCCCUUUUCUAACACUUAAACCAUCGCUGGUGCAAGUAAAACCGGAGGAUUCAGCUCUUCUUCAACCUGCGAUAGGAUAAGAGUGUGGUUUUUGGGAUGAGAGGGCCAGUGAGAUCCCUUCUGGGCGGGUUCAGCUCCACCACCACCACCUCCUCCUCGCUGGAGGCUGGCGGCCAGAUGUCUUGGCCAAGCAACAGCCCCCUGGACCUCAACCAAACCCUGCCGUGGGGGAGCGUCGGAGGCGGUGGAGCGGCGGCGGCGGUCAUGAGCGCAGGUGUGGAGAACUUCACCCAAGAGUCUGUCAUCAGAGAAGUGAUCAAAGAGAAAAACUGGCCGGCGCUGCUCAUCCUCAUCAUCAUUGCGCUGACGAUCGGCGGCAACAUCCUGGUCAUCCUGGCGGUGUCGCUGGAAAAAAAACUCCAAAAUGCCACUAACUUCUUCCUGAGGUCGCUGGCCGUGGCGGACAUGCUCGUCGGCAUCCUGGUGAUGCCGAUCUCCCUGAUCAACAUCCUCUACGAUUACGCCUGGCCUCUGCCCAGUUGUCUGUGUCCGAUCUGGAUCUACCUGGAUGUCCUGUUCUCCACCGCCUCCAUCAUGCACCUGUGCGCCAUCUCCCUGGACCGAUACGUUGCCAUACGCAACCCCAUCGAGCACAGCCGCUUCAACUCCAGAACCAAAGCCAUGAUGAAGAUCGCCGCCGUUUGGACCAUAUCUAUAGGUGUCUCCAUGCCAAUCCCUGUCAUCGGCCUCCACAAUGAGGACAAGGUCUUCGUCAACGGCAGCUGUGUCCUCAAUGAGGAACGCUUUAUGCUGAUUGGCUCCUUUGUGGCCUUCUUCAUCCCACUGGUCAUAAUGGUGGUGACGUACUGCCUCACCAUACAGGUGCUCCAGAGGCAGGCCACUGUCUUCCUGUAUGAGGCAAAGUCUUCCUCCCAGCAGCCUUUGCACACACCAGUAAUGACAAACACGUUGCAGCCUCCAUCCAGCACCUUCCACCUUCCUCAGAUCAACACACCAGACUCACAAGAGUUGAAGCCUCCGCCCCCUCAGAGCAGACGAAACACCCUGAGCUGUCUGAAAGGGGUGGAGCCGAGCAUGUUGCUCAGCGCCUCCACGUCAGACAGCAUAAGCAUCAUUCCCAGCUCUGAGGCGGCGUCUCAGCUCAGCUCACCAGCCACGGGGCCGGGGCGAAGUGACACGGCGGGUUGCCACGGGCGACGGGGGAUGAUGCAGGCCAUAAAGAACGAGAGGCGAGCGUCCAAGGUUCUGGGAAUCGUCUUCUUCCUCUUCCUCAUCAUGUGGUGCCCGUUCUUCAUCACAAACGUCACGUUCGUGCUGUGCAGAGGCUCCUGCAACGAGUCGCUGCUCAACGACCUGCUCAAUGUCUUCGUGUGGGUGGGUUACAUCUCGUCCGGGGUCAACCCUCUGGUCUACACCCUCUUCAAUAAGACUUACCGGAGAGCGUUCUCCAGCUACAUCAGGUGCCAGUACCAGACGGGGACAAAAGCUGCCGGGCAGAGCUGCAAAACGCUCCUCGUCCCGCAGCCGUGUCCGUCGCACGCCGUGACCCCGCUGCUGAUGGGAGGUCACGGGAAAGCGGCCGUGGACCGCAACAGUAACUGUCGCAAUGGCAGCAGGGGGGACAACGGGAGACUGACAGUAGACCCGGAGGACACGACGGACGACGGCACGCAGAUCGGGACGGUGUCGCAGAGCCUCUCUGAAUCCCACGUCGGCGCGCUGUCGGAGGCGGAGCCAGAGACGGAGGUGGAGCAGGAGCUGUCGCACAUCGGCUCCAGAGAGCACACGAGCAGCGUGUGACGGGGGCCGAGAGGAGGAAGCUGUGAGUGACGUAAACCUGCAGGAGACGGAGUUGUUGUGAAAGGACAAGUUUCACUGGACGAGCAGCAUUUACACCGUUAAGCAGAGAAAUCAAUGAAAAGGGGCUUUUUUUUCCCCCCCUGGUUACAAAUGGAUGAAUUCUGCAUGUCACGAGUCCUCAGCUGAGAUUCACUGAACCCUCUGUGUUAUAACCUGGUGAUGGAGUCAAGUGGGUCCAACCACACAGAUCCCCACGGUCCAAGAGUCAAAAUGCAGUCUGAGCUCUUUGUGUGGAUUCUCUUAUUUUGUGCCGCUCAGGCGUGAACAGCUGGAAUGAACCAUUUCACAGGGGAGGGGAGGAAAUCCUUCCCCGGGUCUGCUGAGGAAAAACCCAAGAUCAAGGAAUGUGCCAAGAUCAGUGGCCUCUGAUAGACGCACAGUGCCAUCUAGUGGUCACACGAGUGAAGAACAUAGCACAGACACCAACAAAAAGCUCCUGCUUCCUUUUUCUUUCUUCUUUUUUUACUUAAAGUUAAGUUUUAAAUCAAAAUAAAAUCUCACAUUUUUAUAGGAAAGAAAAAAGGAAAUGAAACUAUCUGGGCUUCAUUAUCAUCGCCGACUUAUUUUUAACCGUUAAACGAUGAUAAUUAUUUCGCUUUCAUGAAACAAUCAAACAAAUCACCAGACUCAGACUUCAAAUUAGACACAUUUAAAGCAACACAAUGUCGGACUUCUGCCUUCUAAUGAUGUCGAAACGGCUCCUGGGACGAAUUUGUGCGAUGAGCCUAUUGUAAUCCCUCAGAUUAUUAUUCUAUCCGUGGCUUUGCGGUCAUUAAUGACCAGUAACCAUGGCCUCAACUCAACAGGAAGUUGCAACCCUCUGCGUCUGGGCAAGUUUUGACCAUUCGCCACAAAACAGGAAGUGCCCUAUGACUUUUGGCGUGCGUUGAGUUCCACCGAAUUUCCUGAAACUUGUUGCGAAGAUGUUAUCGACCAAGACCGACAAAAAAGUCAACCAGAAGUAACCAUGGCCUCAACUUAACAGGAAGUCGGCCAUUUGGAAUCCUGGCGUCCAUGUUGGCGAUUUGAGCUCGACACGUCAAAGCUGAAACGUUGUCGAGAGGUUUUGUGGAUUCAAAAGUGACGUCAGGGAGCUGCUGCGCGGGGAGGCGAGGAGUCCUAGUUAUUUACUGUUUAGACAAGGUUUCCACAGUGAUUAAUAAGUUACAUAGUCCAGUUUUUUAAGGUUAUUUUGUUUCUGACAUCUUGUCUCGUUACCGUGGCAAUACUGUUUCCUGACUGUAGGGGGACGCUGACACCUAAUCCUACAUUGUGUUGCUUUAAAUCACCACAAAUAAAAAAUAUGCAUAAAAGACGCAGAUUGUUUGUCUUUAUACGAACACGCAGCUCGAGUCGCAUGUGUAAUCAAACAUCUUGACGUUGAUACAGUAACAGACAGAAGCUUCAUUCAUAUUAAUAUUUCAUAACAAUGUAAUCGACAUAGACCAGAUCAGUUUUUUAUUACAUUCGAGGAUUUUCCACAAAAAAAACGCAUCCCAAAGACAAAAUCUCCCGUCUCCGUGAAUCCAUAAAGAAAUGUUUUCUAUGCAUUGAACACUGAGGGACCGUCUGCAAAUGAAAAGAACACAAACAACAAAACUCCAUGGAAAUUGCAAUAUGUUUUUUUUAUAUUUAUAUAUAUAUAUAUAUAAAUAUAUAAAUGAUGGAGUCUGAAAACCUGAGUAUUAAGUUGUUAUUCUUUAUUUAUUUUUAUUUCAUUUUUAACAGAGGUGCAUUAAAGAGUCUUCCCAGCUUUUUUUUUUUUUUUUAUCAAAGUAAAUAAAUAUAAUCUCUGUAGCCAAAAUACAAAACACCUGAAUGUAUUUUAAACUUUUUACCCGUGACCACUUGCGUCAAGGUCAGAGGUCAGACGCCUGAGUUCUGCUUACACACACAUGUGGAGACACUUUUGUAUAACUGACGUACUCAUGAAUAUGCAUGUUUGAAGUUUUUGUUCUGAAAUAAACCCGAGGUUUGAAGAGGAGAAAAAAAAACACACACGAAGCAAUCGACGAAAACAAUAGCAACAUAAAAAUGCAGGAGCCACAGACAGACCAUAAUAGUAACGAAUAAUAACUCUAUGUUUCUUGCUGUCUGACAUUGGUUCAGUCAUGUUUUUUUAAUCAUGUCUGGGAAAACUCGACUGAACGCGUCGAUCCUUUGUUUUUCCGCUUCAUCAUCAUUGUUUCUAAUUUUACGGGACUUUUUUUAUUUUUGACGACGCGACGGAGACGUUAAAAAAAACCACACAAGCGCGUGAAGACGAAUAAAGUCGAUGAUUAAAGCUUUAAAUCAGGAUAUAAAGUUGGGGGGAAAACAGUUUCUUCUAAAGAGACGAAAACCAAAGACGCCGUAAAACUGGAAUUAGAUUUGUGUCAAUAUUAUCAAACAAUAAACAACUUAAAAUAUUGAUUUAAUCAUUCAAAAAUAUUGUAUUUUAUUGUUUGAAAAUGCACUUGUUCUUUGCCCUCCCUGACUUGUUCUUUACACUCCCUUAUUUGUUCUUUACACUCCCUGACUUGUUCUUUACGCUCCCUAAUUUGCUCUUUACGCUCCUUCACUUGUUCUUUACGCUCCCUAAUUUGCUCUUUACGCUCCUUCACUUGUUCUUUACGAUCCCUAAUUUGCUCUUUACGCUCCUUCACUUGUUCUUUACACUCCUUCACUUGUUCUUUACGCUCCCUAAUUUGUUCUUUACACUUCCUCAUUUGUUUUUUACGCUCCCUUGCGUGUGAGUUCCAGACAAACAGCGACUCCAAGACGGUGACGUCCAUUAUGCUCAGUCACUCCAAAACUCAGUAGCCAAUCAGCAGGCAGCUUCAUAAGACCCGCCUACAAACAAAAAAAACAUGGUGUAUUUUAUUUUAUUUGCUUCUUAAAAAGUGUUGACACAAAUCUAAUUCCACCCGAAACUAAGUACGAUUGUUUGAUGAAACAAAAUUCAUCCAUGACUAUAAUAUAUACAGUAUAUAUUUUUCACGUAAAGAAACAAAGUUCUCUUCACGUCAUCGUUGUCUUAUUUCUCCAGGAGAAACAGGUUUGAACUCCAUCUUUAAACCAGCAAACACGUGUCGAUGCCUGUUUGUUUCUUGGCUCUUGUGGAUUAAUGAACUUUUUACGUGUUGAACCCUCUUCUGUUCUGCAGUGGCUGUUUGUUUGUUUUCAAAUACCAUCUUAAUUGUGAAUGUUUGUCUCUAAAAUAGUAAUAAUAGAGUGUAUGAUAGAUUAUGCCCUCUUCCACACAAUGUAUAUUUUCUUUUCUUUUUUUCUCUGUGUGAUGCUGCUAUGUAUUUAUUAAAAUAUUACUCUAA